GUGAAUGGAUUCAAGCGGGACCUGGGUACCCAGGCCGAGGCACUCCUGGCAGAUUUCUUCCCCAGAAAGCUGUUGGAACUGGACACACUGCUGAAGGAGGAGGAACUGAACAUUCCUGACCCAGCCUCCAUCCAUUCUGAGCUGGACAUUCCCAUUCCAGACCCGGCCAAGGACAAGCUGAAGGAGGAAGAGAAGAAGAAGAAGAAGGCGGCGGAGAAGAAGGACAAGGAGGAGAAGGGGAAGGACGAGAAGGAAGACAAGGACGAUGAGGAUAGUGGACCCCCCUGUGGCCCGGUGAGCAGUAAUGAGAGGAUUGUGGCCCUGCUGGGCCGCGUGAAGCCCGAGAUUGCCCUGCUGAAGGAGAAGAGCAAUGUGGUGUCCAUCUGGCUCCAGGUUCAGAUCCCGAAGAUCGAAGACGGCAACAACUUUGGCGUCCAGGUUCAGGAGAAAGUGUUUGAGGGGAUGACAGGAUGUCGGACCAAGAUCGAGGGAUUUCAGACACAGAUCACCAAGUAUUUCCAGGAACGAGGUGACGCGGUGGCAAAGGCUGCAAAGGAGCAACACGUG